AAAAAAAGCUAAAACCGAAAACGGAAAACAUAAACAAGUGCAAAACUGUGCAGCAGCAGCAGCAGCCGCAGACGCAAACGCAGUUAAACGGAAAAAGUGUAAAAUUGUAAUUGGGCAAAAGAUAAUCUGCAUACCAAUUGUGAAAGAACAAGAACAGAAAAACUAGUUUGCAGCAGCGACGUCGACCGCACGAUAACAAGAGCGACCGACGCCAAGGUAGUUAACGAGCUGACAAGGGGAGUCCAGUGGCCAGACAGGCGGGCGGGAAAGAGAUAGCUGCUAUCUGGCCAAUAAGUGUGAGUGCAAGCGCGAGCGUAUGGAACCAGUUCUCUGCUAACGGCAGGCACUAUGCAAACCGACUGAGCAACAACAACAAUAACAACAGCAGCAGCAACAACAACAACAACAACAGCAACUAUAAGAAUAAGAAUAAGAGUAGCGCAGUAUCAACAAGUUAAAUCAGGAUGAACGUAAAAUGGUUGCUGGCAGCCCUGCUGCUGUUUGCGCCAGCCAGAAGCGGGGGCAGCACUGCCAUCAUCAGCACUGGCAUCAUCAGCAGCAGCAGCAGCAACGCCCCGCCCGAAAUCAUUUUCCGCCAGUGCGAGCCCAUCCGGAUUGAGAUGUGCCGCGGCAUUGGCUACAACGAAACAUCAAUGCCCAAUCUGGUGGGGCACGAGCUGCAGACGGACGUGGAGUAUACGCUGCAAACGUUUGCCCCGCUCAUCGAAUACGAUUGCAGCUCCCAGCUGAAACUCUUCCUGUGCGCCGCCUAUGUGCCCAUGUGCACGCCCAAGGCGCCGGUCCACUCGAUCGGGCCCUGUCGCAGCCUCUGCGAAUCCGUGCGCAUUCGCUGUCAUCCGGUGCUCCAGGGUUUCGGCUUCCCUUGGCCGCCGGCCCUCGACUGCGAGCGCUUUCCGCGCGAGAACAAUCACGAGACCAUGUGUAUGGAGGGACCCGGCGAAACGCAUCUCACGCUCCAAGACCAUGAGCUCUAUGGCCAGCAGCUGCCGGGCCUGAAGAUGGGCGCACCGCUGCCGCUCGACUGCUCGGCCCUGGCCAAAUCCCAUUUGUAUGUGAAGCUGCAUCGGUCCGGACGCUGUGCACCAUUGUGCGAAGCGGACAUUCUGUUUACGCCCAGCGAGAAGCAUCUAUCCGAAAUCUGGGUAUCCACCUGGGCGUAUGCCGGACUGGGACUCGCCUGCGUUGCCACGCUCUGCCUCCUCCUGUUGGGCGGUGAUCAUCGUGGGCGUGGCACCGCCGGCAGCGCCGCCAGUGGCAAUGCGGCCGCCAAGUGGUCGCGUCUGUUGUCGCCGCUGCUCUGGUGCCACAACAUGGUCACCAUUGGCUGGACGGUGCGUUUCAUUGUCGGACGCACGGGCACCGCCUGCGGCACAGAUCCCCAGGCGCCCAACGAAUCCCUGCUCAGCGUCGAUGGCCUCUCCAAUGCGGCCUGUGCCAGCGUCUUUCUGUUGCGAUACUAUUUCGGCAUGGCUGCCUGCGCCUGGUGGGCCAUUUUAUGCCUUGGCUGGCAUCGGGAUAUACGCCGCAAUAGUCCCGAUACCAAGGGACAUAUAGCGCUGCCCGCCGCUAAGCGACAGGGAGGCAGCAGCCAUGGCAGCGCUCAGCAGGAUUUGGCGCAGAAUAACUUCGUGUGCUUUGUGGCCUGGGGACUGCCGGCGUUCCAGACGGCGGCGGUGAUCGUGAUGCGACUCGUCGACGCAGAUGAGCUGUUGGGCGCCUGCUUUGUGGGCAAUCAGUCGGACAAGGCGCUGCAGGUGCUGGUUGCCACGCCCGUCUUUUGCUAUUGGAUCUUUGGCUCGAUGAAUCUAAUCUCUGGCUAUUUGGUGCACUGCCGCAACAAGGAGAUAUUGCGCAACAGCAAUGCACUGAGCCUGCAGCAGCAACUGCAGCUGGGCGUGCACAACAGCUCCGGCAUUGGCAUCUUUCUGUUCAUCUAUGGCACCGCCUGUGCCCUGCUGCUGCUCGCCGUGAUCUAUGAGUUUGCCAACAUCGAUGUUUGGCUGAGUCAGCGGGAGACGAGCACACCGCUCUGGCCGUAUCUAACGCGCGCCUUCAUGGAGCUAAUGCUGGGCAUUUGCUGUUUCGCCUGGGUGCUGGGUCCCAGCAUAUCCAGUCUCUACAAGCGCCAGCUGUCCAUGCGUCCGCUCAAGCAAUCGGCCGACCGCCAUCCGCAACAGCAGCUGCAACAACAACAGCAACAGCAGCCCUCGCUUCUGCAUCAGCACCGUCACCAUCAUCAUCAUCAUCAUAUGCAGCAACAGCAGCAGCAGCAGCUGCAGCAACAGCAACUCCAACAGCUGGAUGGCCAGAGCAGCUCGCGUGGCUCCCACCUGGCGUGCAGCAGCACCGUUGUCUCCUAUCACUCGGUGCGUCCCUCGCACCAGUCCAUGGUCAGUGCGCCGCCACUGAUCAGCAGCCCCUACAAGCACAAGUCGCAGCACACGGGCGCCGGCUCCAUAUCGCUCAACCAAAUGUCUAACUAUUCGCUCGGCCGCAGCGCCCAACAGACGCCGCACGCCCACUCGACGCAGCGGCUCUACUAUGCGCCAUCUAAGCAUGCCCAUGGCCAUCAUCAUCAUGGCAGCUAUACACACUAUCCGCAACUGCAGCGCUAUGGCAACGAGACAUUGCUCUGAGCAUUGAUCGCUGCCCUCGCCAAGAGUUCUUCAAGUCUGAGGCCGC